CGUCUUUUCUUCCAUUGAUCGAUAUACUUCCUCCUAAUAUAUAAUCUCGUCCUUUGGCUUUUCGCUCUCUCUCUCUCUCUCUCACGCUUUUUUCGCUUUUAAAUGCAAUACUCGAAAUGUUGAAUAAAUCAAAGGCUAGAACCACGAAUACUGAUGACAACGUCAAAUCCGUGGAAGAACAACAAGUGCAGGAGGAUGACGAAUUUGACGCUCUACUUGGUAUCGGCUGUAGUAAUAGUAACGCUGAUUGUUGUCGUAAUCUGGAAAGAUGGUGCCAACAGCAGCAGUUACAGAAAAAAACAGGACCUCAAGAGUCUUACACGGAGCACUUUUCGUGGCUCUUUUCAAGCGUGAUGGCAUUAGUCGGUUGCAAGUUUAUCAAUCAGCUUGCACAUUUGAUGACGGUGUCUAUCGUGGGCCACUUGGGAGCAAAAGAGCUAGCCGGCUUGUCUCUUGCCCAAAUGCUUGAAAAAUGCGGUGCAGGAUGCUUCCUUGUUGGAAUGACCUCGGCUUUAGAUACACUAUGCGGACAAGCAUGGACUGGAGCCAAAGACAAGACGUUUAUUGGAUUAUAUCUUCAACGCGCAAUUGCGAUAUAUACCGUAAUGGUGGUUCCCAUUUUUACAUUCUGGGCUAUGUCAUUGCACUUAUUGCGUGAGAGUGGUACAGACGCAGAUGUCGCUCAUUAUGCGGGCGUCUAUUUGCUAUUUUACGUUCCUGGUAUGCUUGCGCUUGCUGGAUUUCAUAUGUGCGGAUCAUUUCUUCAGGCUCAAGGUAUCAUGCGCAUCGGUGCAUAUGGUGCGGCAUUGUCAUUGCCAGUAACGGCAACUGCAAACUACAUUUUCGUGACCGGUCGACCCUUUAAAUGGGGUGUUUCCGGGGCCGCAUUGGCGGACAGCAUGAACCCAAUUACCAUAUUUACGCUAGUCGUCAGUUACACUGUUUUUGUCACCGGACGUCAAGGGUGGGGCGGAUGGGCAUCGACAAAAAGCAUAUUCUCUGGAUGGUGGCCGAUCAUCCGACUUGCUGCCUCGGCCUUUUGUCUCAACCUAUUCAAUAGUGGCAUCCCGCAAAUGUGCACAUUGACUGCUUCCCGGUUCGGCACGACAGCAUUGGCAGCUUACUUUAUUCUCUUACGGACGGACCAUACUUUUAGCGCCAUUGGAUACGCUCUGAAAUAUGCCACCAUCACACGUAUCGGUAAUUUAAUGGGCCAAGGGUCUCUGGCUGAUGCAAAACGUGCCAUCGUGAUUGGCAGUUGUCUUGCUACCUGCAUUGGAAUGGCGCCAGCAUUGGUUUUCCUCGUGUUUCGUCAAAAGUACCCUUACAUUUAUACCAAUGAUGAUGCUGUUGCUGCGCUUGUCUCGGAGGCGUUACCCGUGGUCGCCUUGAAGCAGUUGCUGAAUCCCUGGAACUGCUUUAUUAUGGGUAUCUGCGACGGUCUGGGCCGUCAAAGAGUAGAGGCCGUAAUAACCUUUGUUUGCUAUUUUGUGAUCGGCAUACCUCUAGGCUACAUUUCUGCUUUCAAGUGGGGAUGGUCCAUAUUUGGUCUAUGGGCCGGCCUGGUGAUAGCAGAGUCUGUACUGACUGUGAUCCUGUCUCUACAUUUGUGUACACUGAAUUGGUCUAAGGAGUCCCGCCAAAUCAAAAACUGUAUUGUAAAUCAACAGCGACAAGAAGCCAGUGACAAUAAUAAAUAGACAGAGCAUAUAAUCUGUUGUAUUGCAGAAGCCAUGUUAAAAUUCAUCGUCCUUGAAAAAUAAAUCGAUACAACUUUCUUUGCUUG